CCAUUUCAAGGCUGGAUUUGGUUUAAAAGCUUGAGGGAUUCACAGGGUGAUUGUGAUGGAGAUGACAGGAGGACAUGAUAACCUGCACCAUAUCGCUGACUCCAGUUUGAAUGAGAGCAUGUCGUUGUUAGCUCACCCAUACCAGCCCAGUGGCAUCAGGGUGACCCUGGAGAACGCUGAUCUCUGGCAGUCCUUUCACAGCAUCGGUACAGAGAUGAUUAUCACAAAACAUGGAAGGAGGAUGUUUCCACACUGCAGCGUCAGGGUAUCCAGGCUCCAGCCUUUUACCAACUACGUCAUCACGAUGGACAUUGUUCCUGUAGAUGGCUUCAAGUACAAGUGGAAAAAGGAGCAUUGGGAGAUCGCAGGAGCAGCAGACCCCCACCCCCCGUGUCGUACAUACACGCACCCAGACUCUCCUGCGCCAGGAAGGCACUGGAUGAAGCAGCCACUAUCUUUCCCCAAGCUUAAGCUCACCAACAAUACCUUGGAUCAGCAUGGCCAUAUCAUCCUGCUCUCCAUGCAUCGCUACUACCCGAGGUUUCAUGUAGUCCAGGCAGAUAACCCGUACACUCUCCGCUGGGGCUCUGUGCAGAGCUUCUCAUUCCCAGAGACGGCGUUCACUGCAGUCACUGCUUACCAAAACCCAAAGAUUACCAAACUGAAAAUUGAUCACAACCCCUUCGCUAAAGGCUUCAGGGAAGGAGGCACUCAUUCUCACAGUAAGAGGUUGUCAAAUAAAAGCCCCCGUGCUAAGAGACCCACACUGGACAGGGAUGACUUGAGCAACAGCUCUCCAAGCCUGCAGAGGAUGCUCUCCACCUCUCAGUUCACACAGACUGAGGAGAGUCGGGCCUCCACACAGCAGUCACUGAAGGGAGGUCACCUUUCAGGCUCAGCUCUGGAGCCGUCUGAGAAUAUACACGUUGAGCCCCUGCUGCUGCGGGAGUACAACUGCAGCAGUGAUGAACAGAUGGUGCCUGCUUCCGUGCCAUACCAACCAUACAGGUCUGAGUAUGGUAUGCUCCCAUACCCUUCCAGAGAUCCAGACGGUGCGCAGAUCAUCCUCCACCCCCCUCCUAAUUCACGUUCUGCAGUUGAACCUUGCAUCCAACAACAUGGCUACUUCCACCAGUAUAACACCACAGCAGACUGGAGCCAGAGCCCUGUCCUGUCAUACACAACUUGGUAAAGAUUGAUCUUUUUUUAAGGUAGUGAAAUUGUUGGAUGAUGACGAUACGAAAGAACUAAAGGAUUGUGAUAGACAUGGAGGAAUAACUGACCUUCCACUUGUUUUAUUUCCAUUAGCUUGGAUUAUAUACAGCAGCAACUUAAAAUAGUCUGUUUUAAUGGACGAAAAAAAAAAUCUGUUUAGCUUGAGGUUUUAGCUUUUGUGUUAUUUUGUAUUUUAUAUAUAUAUAUUUUUUGGUCAGUCUAACUUGAGAUUUGUCUAUGCUCAAGUUUAGUUUUUUUUUUAAAGUUAACAUGUGUAUUGUGUUUUUGUUUUGUUUUUUCUCUCUCAGCUGAGAAAUAAAUGUGAGAAUGAAU